GAAGAAGAAGCUAACGUCGUAGUUUUCGCUCCAUUCUUUGAAUCUCUUCUGUGUGGUGGAAAUGUCCGGGUUAAGAAUAGAGGAGGAGCAGCAGAGAGCAGAUGCCAAACAGCUAAUGGUGAGUGAAGAAGAACAGCAGGUGUGGAGCCCCAUUAUGGACCAGAAAAGCACUCAGACCCCACAAAUCAAAAAGGAAGAGGAGGACCUGUGGAGCAGUCAGGAGGGAGAGCAGUUUCAAGGACUGGAGGAGGCUGACACCACCAUGUUUCCCUUCAACGCUGUUUCUUUAAAAAGUGAGGACGAUGAGGAGAAACCUCAGCCCUUACAGCUUCAUCAGAGACAAAUGGAACAGAUGGAUACUGGAGCUGAUGGAGAGGACUGCGGAGCAGCAGAACCAGGCAGGAACUCAGAUCCAGAGACACAUUUACAACCUGAGACUGAGGACAAGACUGAAGAGUCUUCAGAAGCUGAGACUGAUGACAGUGAAGAUUGGGCAGACAGCACAGAUCAUCGGGCAGGUUUAAACUCUGAGCAGAAUAUUAAAAAAAAGAGACAAACGGCUGUUAAAAAAUCACAUUGCUGCUCUAUCUGCAGUAGAAGAUAUAAAAGGAAACGCGAUCUGACCAAACACCAAAGAAUUCACACUGGAGAGAAACCGUUCAGCUGCUUAGUGUGCAGUAAAAGUUUCACCCAAAAAGGACAUUUGACCAAUCACAUGUUAGUUCACACAGAAGAGGCACCCUUCAGCUGCUCUGUGUGCAGUAAAACAUUUAAACACAAGUCUAAUCUGACCCGUCACAUAGCAUACCACAGAGGUAAGAAACCCUUCUUCUGUCAUGUUUUUGAGCAAAGGUUCUCUUGGUAUAAACAGUUUAAAAAGCACAAGUGUGUUGGGGGUCAUGAAAGCAAAACUAAGAAGAAACAAGAGGCAGAAACAGGAGCUGAGGGACAUGACUGUGGUGCAGCAAAACCAGCCAGGAGCUCAGGUCCAGUGAGACAUGUACAACCAGAGACUGAAGACUCAAGAACCAGAGACAGAGGAUAAGUAUGAUUGGAGGGAGGCCAAAGAACAUCAGUUAGGUUUAAACCAUCUAGAAAUCAUUAACAACAUGACGACUACGAAUGAUGCUAGAUCCUAUAGCUGCUCUGAAUGUGGAAAGAGAUAUAUAAAAAAGGCAAUCUUACCACACACUUAAGGAUUCACACAGGAGAUAAACCUUUUAGCUGCUGUGACUGUGGAAAAAGAUUUGACCAAAAAGAAAGUUUGAGCAGACACGUAUUGGUUCACACAAGAGAGAAACCCUACAGCUUCUCUGUGUGUAGUAAAAGUUUUAAUUAAAAAUCAUCUCUGACCAGACACAGGGUAAUUCAUACAGGAGAGAAACCUUUCAGCUGUUCCAAUUGUGAUAGAAGAUUUCGUUAUAAAGGAAAGCUGACUGAACACAUGAGAAGUCAUGAUGAGUUAGACCAGAAGCCCUUACAAGAGGUGAAUACAACAUACCCGGGGUACUUUUUACUAAUCCAGCUUCAGUGAUUCCUCUCACAAUGCAACCAAGACUCUUUAAGAAUGUUUGGAUCAAAAAGGGGUCAGCAGUAUUCAACCAGUCACAAUCAUGAGCAAGUGUGCUGUCAACUGAUUAUGCUAUUUUACAGAGUUAAACCUGCUUGACGAGGAGGAUGCUCCUGCUUCAUCCCUGGAUGGAUCAUCAUCAUCGGAUAAUGAUGAUGAUGAGGUGGAGAAUGGAACCCAUGUACCAGGGGCAGAGGACAUUUCAGAGGAAGAGGAGGGGAUGGAGGUGGAUGGGGGAGAAGGCGAGUCUUGCCACGCCUGGUUAUCCCGAAGCGGCGUUACCUGGUCCCCGACUGAGGAGGAGACGCUGCGUUACAAGGCCACAGGGAUUUCGCAUUCUGGGGUCACCCACUACGCUGCCAGCCGCAUCACUGAUUUGGAGGACAGUUUUUCCUUUUUUAUCACUGAGGAGAUCAUUGAUAUUAUUGUCCAGCAGACAAACCGCAAGGGAGAAAGGAAAGGGGGUGGGUGGAAGGAGGUUGACAGGGUGGAGCUGAGGGCAUACCUGGGGCUACUCCUGCUGGCUGGGGUGCACCGCUCCAGGGGGGAGGCCACCAGCAGCCUCUGGGAUGAAAACACAGGCAGGCCAAUCUUCAGGGCUACCAUGUCCCUAAAGCGCUUCAUCAACCUGAGCUGCAUGAUCCGGUUCGAUGACCGACUGACCAGACAGGCACGCCGCCUAGAGGAAACGGACAAGCUGGCCCCCCUCCGGGAUGUUUGGGACCAGUGGGUGGUCCGACUCCCUCUUGCCUUCAACCCCAGGGAGAAUGUAUGUGUUGACACGCAGCUGGUGGGAUUUCAGGGGCGCUGCAGCUUCAAACAGCACAUCCCCUCCAAGCCAGCCAAGUACGGACUGAAGCUGUGGGCUUUGUGUGAUGUCUCCACAUCGUAUGUGUGGGGUAUGCAACCCUACCUGGGUAAGCCUACACCAGGGAGGCAGCAGGGGAAGAGGGUCGUGCUGGAGCUGACAGAGGGGCUGAGUGGCCACACCGUUUCAACUGACGACUUUUUCACCUCAUAUGACCUCGGGAUGGAGCUGCUGGAGAGAAAACUGGCCUUGGUGGGAACAGUGCAGCAAAACAGGCCAGAGCUGCCCCCCCAGCUGCUGGACUUAAAGGGGCGUCAGGUGCUGUCAUCACUCUUCGCUUUUACCCCCAAGAUGACGGCUGUCAGCUAUGUCCCCAAGCGGGGCGGCAACAUGCUUCUUCUGAGCACGAAGCAUCGCGAGGCGAAGGUGUCACAGGAGCAGAACAAGAUGCCACAAAUCAUCUUAGACUACAACUGCUGCAAGGGGGUGGUGGAUAACUUGGAUAAGCUUGUGGAAAUGUACAGCUGCCGCCGAAUGACCCGCCGCUGGCCCAUGGCGCUCUUUGGCAACAUUCUGGAUGUGAGCGCCUACAACGCGCUGGUGCUAUGGCUUGAGGUGAAGCCCGAUUGGAACCAGGGCAAAAACUUGCGGCGGCUCUUCCUGCAGGAGCUUGGGAGCUGCCUUGUAAGGCCGGCUAUGGCACGCCACCUACCGCUUACUCCAAGUGCAGCAGUGAUGGUGGAGGCGGCACAGCGUGCUGCUGACCAAGGCCCAGCUGGAGCAGAGGAGCCCAGGGCAAAGAGGAAGUGCCAUCUCUGCCGUGGCAAGAGAAGUUUGUUCUCCAGGAGCUGCUCCAAAUGUGGACAGGCUGUCUGCAAGGAGCACACAGUUUCGAUUUGCUCUGCUUGCAUGAACUAACACACACACCCACACAUUGUUCUGUUUUCUUAUUCCAGUGUUUUUAAUAAAGGAU